AUGUCUACAUACCUGUACAUUUGCGUCCUGGUAUUACUCCUACUACCCAAGGCCGCGAGCGCCCGUAACCUCCUCCACUUACCACUCACCAACAUCAACAAUACCAGCAUCGCGAACAGCACAUGCUGCCUCACACUCGGCCCUCCCAUCAGCACUACGAGAGACUUUACCGCGGCCUCUACAUUGACAUCAGCUACGGACACUCCACGCCCCGACCCUGUCAUACAAAUACGUGAUAUGUACGCUUACCUACAAAGCCUCAGCACCGGGCUUGGAGCCGGCAGCUUCGACAUCACCACUAUCUUCACUACGGUUACUACUGUCACCACUACCACGCGUUCUCUACCCGUGCACCAAGCCACUUCGAUAAAAAUCCACGACUCGCACACCACAGCCAUACCUACAGCCACAACGGACUCGUACAGUUGGCAUACCGGAACCUCAACCACAACCAAGUCGUACAGUUGGCACACCGAAGCCUCAACCACAACCAGAUUCUACACCUGGUACAUCGAAACCACAAUAACAGCCAACUCCUCUAACUGGCACACCGGAGUCCCGUCAUCAUCCCCGACCCAAAGCCUCAAAGACAGAGAUGUAGACCCUACAUCUACGUCUGUCUGGUUCCCGUCCCUCACCCUCGAACUCUACAACCGGGUAACCCGUUCCCACCCCUACCCUUACACCCUCCCUCCGUCUCCUACUUCAACGUCAUAUUCCCCCAUUCCAACAACAUCUGCGGGUGUGCAAUCCCCCCAAACCGAACACGCAGAUAAGAGGGGGAACGCGGAUGUCAAUGCAAAGAAAGCGGUCAAAAUCCUAAGAUCCAUCAUCCAUGGCAGAUCAUACAGGAGAAAAGUUUUCCUUUUUGUAUACAUCAUCUGGUGCUGCGUUGCCAUUGCGAUUUUGCUGUCGAUUGUGGUGGCAGCUACUAUGUAUUUGCGGAGGUGGUCUCGUGCUCGUGCGGAGAAGAGGCGCGAUCUUGAAAUGGAGAAUCGGGAGGGUCAGGGUGAGAUGGAGGGCAGGGUGGAGGGGAGAAAUGGGGCUUAG